CUCCAUUUAAAUAGCAAGGACACGGGAGCGAGUGCGUGUGUGUGGGGGGUUGGAUAUUACUUCUUUUUUUUCCUCCUCUCCCCCCCACCACCACCACCACCACCAACACCGACACCACUACCGACACCACAACCCCAAACACUCUCUUCUCCCUCUCUCCUUUUUCCUCUCGGUACCUUUGGAUUACGACGCGGAAAAAAAAAAAAAAAAAAAAAACGCGCAGCAGCAGCAGCAUCGCCGCCGCCGCCGCCGCCGCCGAGGAGGUAAAAGGUCGACGCACACACGCACACACGCGUCUCAGCCGGCCCUGCGAGAGACAACGCGGACAAAAAGAAAAAGGCCCACGAUGUCCAGCGAGGUGCAGAGACCGGACGACAGCCCCAGCACGAGUGGGGGCAGCUCGGACAUCGAACAGAGGGAGUCGUCGGUGCCGCCUGAGCAGGAGCGAGAGCAAGCACAGCCCAAAAAGAAGGAGACCAAGAUCUCGAGUAAAACCGCUGCUAAACUUUCAACUAGUGCCAAGAGGAUUCAGAAAGAACUGGCAGAAAUCACACUAGACCCGCCUCCAAACUGCAGCGCCGGCCCCAAAGGAGACAACAUCUACGAGUGGAGGUCGACCAUCCUGGGGCCACCGGGCUCCGUGUACGAGGGAGGGGUCUUCUUCCUGGACAUCGCCUUCACGCCGGACUACCCCUUCAAACCCCCCAAGGUGACGUUUCGUACCAGGAUCUAUCACUGUAACAUCAACAGUCAGGGUGUGAUCUGUCUGGACAUCCUGAAGGACAACUGGAGUCCAGCCCUCACCAUCUCCAAGGUGCUGCUGUCCAUCUGCUCCCUGCUCACAGACUGUAACCCAGCCGACCCUCUGGUGGGAAGCAUCGCCACACAGUACCUGACCAACAGAACCGAGCAUGACAGGAUAGCCAAGCAAUGGACCAAGAGAUACGCCACAUAAACCUCCCCCCUCCUCCUCCCUCCUCCUCCCCCCUUUUACCUUACCUCCCUCACCCUUCACUGAACCUCUCUCUACCUCUCUCACCCGUAGUCUGUCAAAGCACAUUCACUAAGUGCAUCGGUAUAAAUGCUCUGUUCCUCUUCCUCCUCCUCCUCCUCCUCCUCUUCGUCUUCUUCCUCCUUUUAUCUACCUUUUCUGUGUACAUAUAUAUAAAAAAAAAAACUAAAAACUUAAAAAAAAGUCCUUUGUUCCUUGUUGACUUGAAAGCUUCUUUUUUAUACAAAGAGUAGAUUGGGAUUUUUAUUUUCCAAUAUCUGAAUGUCGGAAGUAUUGUAUUGGAGAGAAAAACAAAAAAAAAACAAAAACCAGAAUAUUAUAAUUAUCAUGCGCGUCGUCCUCCAGCUACUAUACAGUAUGUAUUCUCUCUCUUUUUUUUUUUUUUUUUUUUUUUCCUAGUGGCACCUGG